AUGGUCUUCUUCAAACCCCACGCCAGGUCCCUCAGCGAGCAGCUCGACAGCCUCGCCCGCCUCGCCCUGAAAGUCGGCAACAGAGACGACGACUUCGAUCUCGAGGCACAAACGUCCAGACGGCUGCUUGAAGGCUCCGUCAACGCCGCCUCCGUCAAAUCGGGAUCCACAAAAUCUCGGAGCAUCCGCUACGGCGCCACCGACGACGUCCUGAUGCUGUCGCUCCGUCCGCUUAUCUCUUUUGGACCUCGUCUGGAGGAAUCAGAAGCACCCAGUGUCUACAGCGACGAAAGGCCCCGGUCGCCGCAGCCGCUGUUCCAGUCGUUGGCGCCGCUUCCCCGGCCGCUGGUUUUUGCCCUGGCGUUGCUGACGGCCCGCUUUGUGUGGAACAGAAUGCACAGUCCCGAAAGACGGCUGCUUGGGGUUUUCCACAAGUGCCUUUUGGUUGCGUUUUUGGCGCUUUUGGCGGGUUCCGGGUACGUGGUUGUGACGGGCCGGGGCGUGCAGUUCUUGGACGCCGCCAGGGGCUUUUUCUGCUGGGCCCAGGUCCAGCUAGGCUGGGCCAGGUUGCCUUUCUGUGAGGAGAUGUAG